AGCAGAUUUCGUGCCCUUGUAUUGAACGUUUUUCGUGCAUUAAGGGAGGAGAUAAACACCAAACGUGAAACGUCGCCAACUUCCAUUAAAACCGGCAGUUUUGAUCUCUCUCCGGUGGACUCUUCAUCUAAAGAAGUGUAUGCAACUUGUAAGUAUUCGAUCAUGAGGACUGCUACGAGAUCUAGUGUAGAUACAAUUAGUGAUUUGCCUUGUAACGUUCUGGAUGGAAUAUUAGGGUGCUUGCCUCUGAAAGAUGCAGUGAAGACUAGUAUCUUGUCAAGAGACUGGAGGUAUAAAUGGGUUACACGUCAAGAGCUUGAGUUUGAUUAUCAAUUUUUUGUGACGUAUGCAUGUAAUCAAGCUACGGCAAUCAUUUACCAAGUCCUAUUACUCCAUAAAGGACCAAUACUUAAGUUUAGUCUUGGGGGCUCUAACUUGACAAUAUAUCCUGAUAUUGAUCACUGGAUACUUUUCUUGUCAAAGAAAAAUGUUCAAGAAUUCACCCUUUGCGGAAACAGCUUAAACAACAGAUAUCAUUUACCUUCUCACUUUUUCACGUUCCAUCACCUAAGGCAUCUGAAAGUUGAUCGAUGCUCGUUCCAUCCUCCACCCGGUUUCAAAGGGUUUGAGAAGCUUAUUAAUCUUGACCUUCAUUUUGCCACUUUUGAUCCAGCAAUACUUGGGAAUCUUAUUUUCAGAUGCCCAUUGCUUGAAAGAUUGACGUUGAGAUGGUGCACAAAUUUUGACACCCUUGAAAUUGAUGCACCUAAUCUCAAAUGCUUUGACUUUAGAGGAAAUUCAAAGUCCAUUUGCUUCAAGAACGCCCCUAUGCUCGAGAAACUUAUUGUGCAUCUCAAUUCACGAGUUUCGAUGGUUGCAUCUCCUGUUUGUUCCAAUAUUACAAAGUUCUUCUGUCACAUGCCAUGCCUAAUGCAACUGGAUAUAAGUGGUCAUUUAUUGGAGUACUUAACAAUGGGAGGUCUGCCGGAGAAUCAUCUGACUGCUCUGAACAAUGUCAAAUCUUUCAGUGUUCGGGCAAUGUUCUUCAGAAGCAUUAAACAUGUUUCGGGUGUUAUUUACUUGAUUACAAGCUUCCCCAAAUUACAAAAUUUGACUAUUGAAUGUGGAAUGAAAAGUGAAGCUGUGGAACCUGUUGUACAAUACUUACAAAACCAAUCAAGCUUGUGUGGUGCUGUGAAGCUGCUUCAAAAAGUACAUAUGAGUAUGUUUAGUGGUCGUGAGGUGGAAAUGGAAUUUCUGAGGCUUAUAUUAGUGUCUGCUCCUGUACUUGAGGAAAUUUCCGCUUGGAAUUAUGAACAUCUCCUUUGUCUGUCGGGUAGAGAAAUUAUGGAUAAUAUGAAACAAUACCAACGAGCAUCACCCAAUGUUAAAUUCAUAGUUGAUGAAAUUGUGGUAGAAGAUGCUUUACUAUGAGUUGAGCAUCACCACACCUUGAAUGUGGUUUGGAUUGGGGCUCGGGUGGUACAUCUGAGGACCAGAUGAGGAGCAGGUUCUAGGGCGAGUGGCGGAAGUUGAACCUCAACUUUGGAUUCAAGUUGUAUACUACAUCAGUACUCAGUAGUGUAGAUAACAUUUAUAUUAUAGUGAGCUAUUAGUAUUAAUAUAUAUACUCCAUCCGCCUCAAAAUAUUUGUCGUUCUUAAUAGAAGUAAGUAUUUGUUAUG